AUGGGAUCCAUAUGAUCAACCUGUGACUCUGAAGAGCUUAAAGAAAAGGAAACUAUUAGCCUGCAGCAUCAAGAGAAAAUAUCUCAAAAUUCAGACUGCAAGCUAGGAGGAGCCUCUCUUUCUGCUACUCCAGGGAAAGGAUUAUGCAAAUCUACAAAUAAUUUUAGCACUAUACCUACUAGUUAUAGCCCAUCUUAUAGAAAUUUAAACACUGAAGUUAAAAAUGUUGCACCAAUGGUGCUUCCAUCUCCUCAAUCAUCAGCCUGCAAAUAUCAAGCCCAAAAUAAGGAGUUUGCAGGAAAUAUGUAUCAGAACAGAGGAUUCAAUCAAUAUUGAUUAGAUGGAGACAGCUAUGAUAGAGAAGAAAACGGAUAUUCCUAUUCAAGUCCGUCUCAGUUCAAGCCUGGAUGAAAUUUAGAUCUUCCAAAGAAAAAUUUGUAUAACAAUACCCAAAAUAGAACCUAUCAACAACAAUCUAGCCAAAGAAAAGAUUCUAGUGAUUUUUCUGACUCCUCUUCAGACUCAGAUGUAGAAUUUUCAGACUUUGAAACUUUUAUUCUUUCAUACAGCCCUUUAAACCCCAAAAAGAAUCAAUUAAAAAUCCCAAGCUCAUUUCAAAAUGAGUUUGCAUACAAACGUUACUUUGAACAAGCUUUUUAUAUUGAAUUAGAUGCGAUAUUAGAGCAAGCUUUAGGAGAAGCUUUUCUGUCAAACAGUUAUUGUUUGAAUCUUAGCGUUGAAAAAAGAUAUGCAUCUAUAUCUGAUAGAGAUAGAGACUCAGAUGAAGCAGAAUUUGAAAGUGAAAUCCGAAAUGAUGAUAUUGUGCUUAUUAUCUCUAACCAAAAUCCGGUGCCUCAAAGCUAUAAAGAGCUUCAAAUAAGAAACAUUAAUUGAACAUUAGGAUUGAUAAAUAAAGGCAAAAACAAUAAAAUCACGAUUUCACUAGAUCCAAGACGUAAAAAAUCAUUUAAAACUUCAAGAAAAUAUAUAGUAACUUCUAUAGGCAACAUUACACCCUUAAAGAGAGAGUAUGAUGUUAUAGGCGAUAUUGAAUAUUUAUCAUUGGGAAGUCAAAUUCUUAACCCUAAAGUAUGUCCGCCAGCAAGAGAAAAAUGCAUACCUCCAAUAUUCAUGCAAACAAUACGUCAAAAAAAUUAUAAUAAAUCUCAGGUUGAAGCAAUUAAAAAUUCAAUACAAUCUGAUGGAAAAAUAUCUCUAAUUCAAGGGCCUCCGGGUACUGGAAAAACAACUACAGUCGUUGGGAUUUUAUCAGGACUCUUUGCAAUUAACCCAAAAAGCAAGAUCUUAGUUUGUGCUCAAAGCAAUGCAGCAGUUGACGAAAUUGCAUCAACUGUAUUAAGAAAAGGAAUUUUUGAUAUAUAUGGAGAUAAAAGAAAUGAUAUUUCUUUACUGAGGAUUGGAGAAAAAAAGCAAAAGCAUGAGCUUGGUGUUGAUGAAGAAGAAGAAAAAACUGCUGAAGAAAUAGAAAUGACUGUGCAUUCAAUAAGAUUGAGUGUAAAACUUGAAAAUUUGCUUAUUUUCUUAUAUCAAUAA